AUGGGUUGGCUCUCGGAGUUGAGCGCUCGAAAACAUGGUGACGAUGUGCAGAAAUCUAACCAAUUAGGAAUCCUCGCGUUCGAGACUGCAAAGACCAUGUCCAAAUUAGUCUCCUUGUACAAAUCCCUUUCUCAUGACCAGAUUUCCAGGCUUGCACGUGAGGUAAUCGCAUCUCAGGGGAUUGCGUAUUUGAAUUCUAUGGAUGAAGGCCUUCUUUUCGGCCUUGCUUGCGCAGAGAGGCUUGAAGAUCUCGAUAAAACUGCAACUGCCGUGGCUCAAUUGGGCCAGAAAUGCAGGGACUUCGGGUUGAAACGGUUCGACCUCGUUUACAACGAACUCAAGCUGGGCAUCGUUGAUUUGUGGAAGCUGGGACACGGGUCGAAACACGUUGAGAAGAAGGUUCAGAAGAUGGAGAAAUUGAUCGCUGCCACUGCGAGUUUGUACUCGUCGUUGGAUGCUCUUGCGGAAUUGGAAAUCUCCGAGAGGAAGCUGAGUCAAUGGAAGCACAAGGGGCCAUCCAUGCAAGGCAGGCCAAAUUUCCAGCUUUUCAAAGAAAAACUGGAAAAGCAGAGGAAGCAGGUUCACCAUUUGAGAGAGAUCUCCUUGUGGAGCCAGACAUUUGAUAAGAGUGUUCACCUGAUGGCCCGCGUUGUAUGCUUCGUAUAUGCCCGGCUUUAUGUUGUGUUCGGCCCCUACGUUCCGGUUCUUUCAUCAGUUUCGUUGAGGAACCUGAGGCCAUCCCAUCAGAAAGAAAUUCUCAAAGAUUCGCCGGCCCAGUGUUGUAUCAUUGCUCAGCUGAUGAAUGAACAGAUACAUUCACACUCCGGACCAAUUCCCACCACCUCAAACUCUAAGUUGAGAAUGGUCAGGUUUUACAGCCGCAAAUCAGUUUUCUUCUUGGACGAAGAUGAUGAUUUGGGAGAUAGAAAAGUUUCCAGAAGUAACAGGGUGUUUCAUGCAGCAGGGCCUUCAACUGUGGGUGGCUCAGGGCUUGCAUUGCGUUAUGCAAAUGUGAUUUUAUUGGCAGAAAAGUGCUUGGAUUCAGCCGAAUCAUUAGACCCUGAGACACGAGAAUCUUUGUAUCAAAUGUUGCCGGAGAAUGUUAAGUCGUUGGUGAAAUCAAAGCUGAGCAAGAAUGUGAAAGGUACAGAGGAUGAUCAAUUACUGGCAGUGGGGUGGAGAGAAGCUUUGAGAGGCAUAAUGGGGUGGCUAGCGCCAAUGGCACAUGACACGGUGCAAUGGCAUCUAGAGAGAAAUCCAGAGAAGAUGAAGUUCGAUUUAAAACCUACAGUCUUGUUAUUACAAACCUUGCAUUUUUCGGAUAAAGAGAAGACCGAAGCUGCCAUUGCCGAAGUCCUAGUUAGCUUGAGCUGUAUAUUUAAGCACGAGAACUGCAUGUCGUGCGAGUCAUCAUGA